AUGUACAAGUUAUUAUUAUUGACGGUUUUCGGUUUAGUGGUGUCUUCACCAAUUACCAAAGAAAUAGAAGAUGUGAGAAUAGUAGGCGGUGUGGACAUAGAUAUUACAAGAGCUCCAUAUCAAGUAUCAAUAGUCUACGCUGGAAGACAUUCCUGCGGAGGUUCAAUUAUUGCGGAUGAUCUCAUUCUAACUGCUGCACACUGUGUUACUUCUUUCAGCUACAAACCUACUGAUUACAUGGUUCGCGUUGGCUCAUCAUCAUCCCGAUCAGGUGGUGAACUCUACAGAGUGGGUUCUUUGCAAGUACACCCGAAGUUCUCCACAUCAAAUAUGGAUAACGAUAUUGCAUUAUUAUGGCUGUCAAGACGCAUCACAUUCAGCGAACGUGUUGCUCCUAUACCAUUAAUUGAUGAAGACGAGGAAAUAGUUGACGGUGGUAAUGUAAUGGUCACUGGCUGGGGUAAUCUUAGGGAAGGAGGCGGUUAUCCGUCUACUUUACAAAUGGUAAUUUUGCCGAUAGUGAACCCAACACAAUGCAAAUAUGCCUACAGCAAGCAGUAUACAAUUACACCGAGAAUGUUAUGCGCUGGUCUUUCUAACGGAGGCAAGGAUUCAUGCCAGGGUGACAGCGGUGGACCACUGGCUUACAACGGAAGAUUAGCAGGAAUAGUGUCCUGGGGUAUUGGAUGUGCGAGACCUAACUAUCCCGGAGUGUAUACUAAGGUUUCAGCGCUAAGAAGAUGGGUUGAUGAGACCAGUUAUUACUUGAGACUGCUGAUAGAAAACCUCAAGAGCAGAUGCAUUAGCUUGAAUUGUAGGAGCAUAUUUUGUCAUCUCACUCUUACUCUUGAAGGCAAUAGAGAGACAUCGCUACCAACGAAAUCAAAAGAAGACAUUAGAAUAGUUGGUGGCGAAGACAUUGAUAUUAGACUAGCUCCAUAUCAAGUGUCAUUAUUACGAAGAGGUCGUCAUACGUGUGGAGGAGCGAUAAUUUCAAAUGACCUUAUAGUGACAGCCGCUCAUUGUGUUACUGGUUCAAACGCCCGUGACUACUCAGUCCGUGUUGGUUCAUCAUCCAGUCAAUCUGGUGGUCAAGUGAUACCAGUCAGUGAUUUAGUAUGGCAUCGCAACUUCACGUAUUCUAAGAUGGAUUGUGAUGUCGCUUUAGUGAGAUUGGCAGUGCCAUUGGUGUUCAGCGAUAGCAUAGCACCUAUCGAUAUGUUACAAGUUAACGAAGAGAUUCCUGAUGGAGACAUUACUAUGGUCACAGGAUGGGGAAAUCUUAGGGAAACUGGUGGAUACCCAAGGCAGCUGCAAAUGGUGUUAGUGCCGACUGUUAACACUGUCAUUUGCGAUGUUGCGUAUUCACCUUCUUACACUGUUACUGCUACGAUGAUAUGCGCUGGUGUCCCUGAAGGUGGAAAGGAUGCUUGUCAGGGUGACAGUGGUGGUCCGUUGGUACACAAUGGUCGUCUUGCUGGAAUCGUAUCCUGGGGCUUGGGCUGCGCUCGACCCAAUUAUCCCGGAGUGUACGCUAAAGUCGCCGCACUGAGGGACUGGAUCGAUGAAAACAGUGAAAUGUUAAGACAGAAAUAUAUCUUAAGAUUGUAG